AUGACAUCAAGUUGUGCGUUGUCGAGCGAUAAGCGCGAGCAGCUCGCAAGCCUCAGCCUGCUUGAUGCUGAGCAUAUGGCCGCAUUCCGCCUCGCAUUAGACAACGUACUCCUCACAGAAGUCGCAGAGAACACUUACGCCGAGAUCAUUGAUGGCCUUCCGACAAGGGAGUCGUGGCGCGAUUUCAACCCCUGGAGGCCAGGACAUCCCGUUGAAGAACUGAAGCAUGACAAGCUUUGCGCAGGUUGGCGAGAGAAGGCAAGGAAACUUCGUCCGGACCUCGACAUCUAUCUACUGUCUUUUCCUGUCUGGGUACUCCAAGACUUCCAGAACACAAGUCCAAGUACUAGGGAAUACCUGCUAGCCCUUGUCGAACUGCUAGCCAGAGCCUGCCACCAGAUUGCAUCUUUCCUUUCCCAGCUUGAUCAAGGGGUCCAUAAACAUGAAUUGUAUGCAGCCUGGCGCGAUUCUCCGAGUGAUCAUCUACCAAGCUGGCACCGGUUACGGCCACCAUGUGCGUUCACACACUGGUCAUACGUCUUCUACGAACAAUAUCCACAUGGUCUUGCAGACGUAGCGGGCUACUGGGCAGAGGCUAAGAUCUUUGGUGGCGUUAUCGUUUUUGAUCGCGCGCCAUCAGGAACUGAGCGUCGUGAAAUGUAUCUGCACAAUGGCAGCCUUAAAGGCCCAUCGACUCUGUUUCCCCCAACUGCCGAGCAGUUUGAAUCACUGACACAAUUCCUACUUGCGUCUGAUAACGCGCAGACUCAAGACCGUGGCUCGUGCCCGAUUCCAAUCAGAGCAUCGCUCCGCAACGGUUGGCGGUACCACGCCGAUGAUGCAAUAUCUCAGUUCAACAUCUUUCGGGACCGGUACGAGAGAAAGGAGCCACCAAGCAGAUGCGAAAGCCGUAUCAACGGAUGGAACUGGCCCGAGGUCGCAUAUGAGAUCAAUCUCCUGAACUUGCGAGCGGCCCGCGCACAGGGAGAGCCCGUGGAUGAUGCGGAAAUCGCCGAGGCCGAGGAAGGGAUUAAGCGUAUCACGCCGUCGUCUCCUAACUGGUGGCAGCGUAGGGGAGGCAUGUAA